AUGGCAGCUCCAGCUGCGGCGCCAAGAAGGCGUCUCGCCACGCUCACUCAACCAGCCGGUCGUCUCUCAAAGUUCAAGCCUCAACAGAAGCAGCCGCAAGCCAAGUGCUGCGACGAUCCGGAUAUCAAAGACGAAGAUGGCAUGAAGAUCUGUCUCAGCUGCGGUACCCAACUCGCCGACGUAAAUAUCGUUGCAGAUGUCACCUUCGAAGAGGACGCUCGCGGUGCUGCCACGGUCCAGGGUGGUUUUAUUGGCGAAAACGCCCGUCAUGCGCGUACCUUUGGCCCAAAAGCAUUCCGUCGCAUCGGCGGAGUGGGCGGCGAGCGAAACAGCACCCAGGAAGCUGAGAACAAAGCUCGUCGCACAUUGGCCUCGAUCUGCCCUCGUCUGAACAUCACGGACGAUUACUCCAUUCAGGCACAGCGGUUGUUCGGCUUGGCGGCUCGCUUGAACUUCACCUCCGGUCGCAGCACAGACGAGGUGGUGGGCGCCUGCUUAUUCGCUGCAUGCCGGAAGAACCCGCAGAAUAGUGUAUUACUGAUGGACAUUGCGGACAUCUUUCACAUCAACGUCUUCCGUCUUGGCGAGGUCUACAAGAAUUUGUGCAAAGACCUGUGCUACCACAAGGAGAACCUGCCUAUCCAGCAGCUGGUCGAUGUCGAGCCACUUAUUCAAAAAUAUUGUCGAAAGCUGGAGUUUGGCACAAGAACUAGGGAUGUCGCCGAAGACGCCGUCAAGAUUCUCAAGCGUAUGAACCGUGACUGGAUGGUGACUGGUCGCCACCCUGCCGGGAUUUGCGGUGCAUGUAUCAUCCUCGCAGCCCGCAUGAACAAUUUCCGGCGGUCGGUUAGGGAAGUCGUCUAUGUCGCGAAGGUUGCGGACAUGACCAUUGCCAAGCGUAUCGAAGAGUUUCGGCGCACCAAGGCAUCGACACUAAGUGUUGAUCAGUUUCGAGAGUCUGGUUGGCGUAUGAAGAGUCAGCAUGACCCACCUGCGCUGAUGUACUCUCAGCUCAAUAAGGAGAAGUUCGAGGAGAAGAAGCGGAAGCGGCAGGAGAAUAAUGAGGCACGCGCGACUGCUGAACGAGAGUCGAUGGCACGAGGCACUGUUGAUCGCCAGAUUCCGAACCAAGAACCCAUUACGGGCGGCGAGGACGAUCGUCGCCGUAAGCGACAGCGUACUAGUGGUCCGCAACCAACAUCGCCACCAACUCAGCAACAGCCGCGCUACGAUUCGGAUGGAUUUGCCAUCCCAGCACUGCCGCGGAAUAUCGACCCUGCGCUCACGGGAGAAACACCGCAGACUAACGGCGAGGAGCCGCCGAAGAAGCGCAGGGGCCGUCCUAAGAAGCAGCCAACUCCCGCUGUAUCGUUGUCUGAGGAAGAGAUGUUAACUGAGCAGGAGAUAGAGAAGGCCAUUGAGCAGAUCAUCGAUGACGACGACUUCCAAGCCGCAUUGGAGGCAGCGGAGAAGGAAAAGAGUCAAGAAGAAAUAGAUGCGGCGGGCUUGCCGGCGAGCCCGUCAGAGGCUGAACCACCCGCCGAUGUGGAGGACGAUCUCUCUAUGCUCGACAACGACCCGGAGAUCAUGAUGUGCAAGCUGAGUGAUGAGGAACAAGCGAUCAAAGAGAGCAUCUGGGUUGCCCACAAUGAAGACUGGCUCCGCGCUCAACACGAAAAAGAGCUUCUCCAGCGCUUGGCCAAGGAGACCGCCGCGGACAAAGCCAAGCAAAAGCGCGCUGCUGGUAAAGGUGGCAAGCAGCGUAAGAAGCACUCAAGGAUUGGUGACCGCUCUGUGCUUGAGGACGCCGAGACGCCUAUUGAGACGCCCGCAGACGCCGCCAGGGCCAUGCUGGAGAAGCGGGCCGACAAGAACUUCUCGAAGUACGUGGACUACGACAGUUUGAAGCGAGUGUAUAACCUGAACAACUCACCUGCGAGCGCAUCGAGUCGGAGUCGGGCGAGCAGUGAGGUGCCGAGCUCGAGUGGACGUGAGAGGGCGGGGAGCGUGGCAUCGUCGGUGCGGCUUGGUGCGGAAAGGGAGUCGGCGACGCCAGUGCCGCAGGCAAGGACUGUGUCGUUCGGUUUGCAGUCGCCGCAACCUACACAGCAGGCGGUGGGUCGCGGCGCCGCGGUGGGAAGUCCUGCUGUGGCAGAUAAAGGCGGGCAACCACUGUCGCCGCCACCCACACAAGACCAGACGGGCGCGGGAGACGAUGAGGCGGUGGAGGAGGAGCAAGACGAAGUGGAAGAUGAUGAUCGGGAGUUUGACAUGCGCUCCGAGCAGGAGCUGGAUGAGGAGUACGCUGGAUGGGACAAUGAGAAUGCGUUCGCGGAUGAGAAUCUGGACGUUGAGGGUGACGAACAGGAAUAUCAGGAAGCGCUUCGGAGAUACGAGGCCGAGGCGUAUGAGGAGAACGAGUACCAGUGA